AUGGCACGACGCACUGGUGGUCUGUUUCUCGUUGCCUAUUUCGUUUUUCCCAGCAUGGUUUUGGGGUAUACAGAAUUUGUUGUCGGGGGUGAUGAUGGCUGGAAAGCUGGAGUAGUUGAUUACUCUGCUUGGGCUUCUAGCUUUACGUUUAGCGCUGGAGAUGUUCUAGUUUUCAAUUAUUGGGACACAACUGAAUACAACGUGGUAGUUGCAACUGGUUCUGAUACGUUUGAUAACUGUGUUUCAACUCCAAACUUGGGUUAUUAUGAUUCUGGCCAUGAUGUGCUAGAGUUGACAGGUGCUGGGAACUACUAUUUCUUCUGUCAAGGGCACUGUGACUAUAACGACAUGAAAUUUAUGAUUACUGUAAACUAA